AUGGAGAUCCGGCGCAUGCACGAGUUGGUGGAGCAGACCACGCAGGUUCUGCAGCAGGCCCGAAACGAGCUCCUGGCGCUGAACAACAAGCGGAGCGAGGGCUCGGCCGCCUCGAGCAGCAACGACCAGAGUGCCGCCGCGAAGAACAAGAAGAAGGAGGCCGCGGCGUGCAAGCACGUCGACCAGCUGCUCUGGAAGGCCGAGGUCGACCUCGAGAACGUGGAGGACAUGUACCUGAGGCACAUAGACAACGAGAAGGACAUCGUCACGCCGUUCUCGAUCUCCAUGGCCGACGUCAACCGUAGACUCUCGGAAGUGUCGUCGGAGGUCGAGGAGACCAUGAGGACGACGUUCAACAGCUGGUUCAGGUGA